AUGGCGUCAUCAGUAGCUAAGAAGUGUGAGAUAUGUCAAAAAGCGGUGGGUUCGCAUAUCUGUCCUGGUUGUAAAAUUCUCUAUUGUAAGACAGAUUUUGCUCAACAUCGAAGAAAAUUAACUGAUGAUAUGGAGAAAGUCACCUACGAACAUGAUCUGAUUUUUGAAAACUAUUUCGCUGCAUCCUUGUCUAACGAUAAAAGCGACGUGAUGGAAGGGAUUGAUAAAUGGGAAAACGAAACAAUCGAAAAGGUGAAAAUAGCCGCCGAACAAGCGCGUGAAAAGGCCGUAAAACUAAUAAAUGAUAAGAGGUACGAAGGAAAACGUGAAUUCGCCAUUAUCUCAGGUGAACUUUGUUCUGGAAAAGAAAGCGGAGAUUACACCGAAUUAGAACUAAAACGAUGGACAGAGCACUUAAAACAACUGAAGGCUAAAAUGCAGUCGAGCACAAUAACGUUACGGAUCCAGACAAUCGAUUGGGCAAAUGUCAUUGAAGUGGGUACGAAUAAAUCAACAGUCCUGAGCACACGAAAAAUUGCAACUAGUUUGCGUGGAACAAAUGAGAAGGGCGGUAUUUUCUUAAAUCUUUCGCUCUCCGAUCUCUCGAACUGGCAUAUUGUUUAUGAAACAACUUCCUUGCAUCAGACAACUGCCAGAGAACUGCGAGAUAUAGCUAAUUAUUGCACGAAUAAACGAAUUAUUGUUGGAGCGAUAGACGCAAAAUCUGCGAAUGUUUUGACCGUUGCUGCUAUUGGCCCUUCGGAAGUACUAGCUCUACAUACUCCACGUAAUCAACCAGCUGAACAUGAUGGAGUCUGGUGGUACCUAACACCGAACAGAUCAUUUGGAUUUUCACCAACAUCAAAAAUUCGGCAAUACCGCUGCGAUAUAGAGAAAAGUGAUGGUGACAAACGACUAAGUUGGUGUCUUGAUGGUUACCAUGGUGGAUAUCGAGCAGGAAAUAUAGAUUGUUUAACUGAGAUCACUGAAUGGCGUAAAAUUAUUCUUUGUGAAAACUAG